AUGGAAAUGGCAGAAGACACCUGUGUUUGGCAUAGGCUUGUUGGUCAGUCUCCUAGGGGGAGGCCUGGUGUUCAGGGUGGUGAAGACCUCGAACCUAGGCUUGGGUAUGAAGGAGAGUGGGGCCCGAUCACUUGUCCUGGGAGGGUUGCUUCCACUUGGCUGGUGGUGGUUGCCAUAUUUGCCACGCUUGUUGUUGCUGAAGAUGGAGGAUUAGCAAAAGUGUUCCGUGCCCGGGUGGUUGGGCCACGCUUGGAAUUGAAGUACUCAGCCUUGGUGUGA